GAUGUUUUCCUGUCGCCCUGGCUGCUGGCAUCUUUCUUGUGCAACUGCAUAAGUCAGGGCAUGAAUACUGGUUCCUGGAAGAGCAUUUGGGGCAGGCAUUGCUGAUGAUAAGUUCCUCAGGUGAUCCUGACUACCAUGCCUGGGCAUUGAUGGUUUGGGGUACGGCUGUUUAAGAUGGCAGAGAGAGGUGGAAAUGAAGAAGCAAUUAACUUGAACAGUUUCCGUAGUCACAGAGGGAAAGACCGGAUAAACCGCAGGGACGAAAAGCUUAUCACCAUAUCAGAUUCCUCAGAUGAAGAGUUACCAUUGUUGCUGGAAACACCGGCAGAGCAGCAGCCUGAGGAAGACGAUGAUGACAUAAUCAUCUUGGCAGAGACCCCAAAGCAUCAGCAGCUUGUGCGUCCCAUUGUCAUCAGACCUGCUGCUCAAUGGCAGAGUGCAAACGAUGUGGCAGAAGGAGGAUCUAAAAGUGCUGUCGAGCCCAUGGGGAGCAUAUAUCUACAAGAUGAGAAGUCAGCUCUUCUGUGCCAGGGAGACCAGCAUGUUCACAUGGGGAAGGGCAGUGCUGGACCGAGCAGCAAUGAGAAUAUGAACUUUGCCUUGCAGCAGCCUGGACCAUCUGAGCUUGAUAGCCUCAGGUCUGAACUUACAAGUAAGCAGGAGCCUGGCCCAAGUUUGCUUCCAGCAGCAACGACUAGUCCACAGCCUGUCAUUGACAGAGAAAUCAUUAGUCUGGAGAAUGCAGACCUUCCACCGCAACAAGAAGAAAAGGUGAAAGUUGAGGGAUGGCAAAGAGAGGACUCGGAGCCAGAGGAAAACCUCAGAGGAGCAGCUACUGUAGCUACCACAGGCCAGGAGAUCCAUCAGAAGAGCCAGCUGGAUCACCCAUACUUCCAGCCCCUGGAAGGCGAGCCACAUGCUCUAUUAAGUGGUUGUGCUCCUCAGCAAGGGCAGCCUGAAGCAGACACAGGAUCUCUGAGGUCAUAUGGAGAGGAGGCUCCUGGGCCAGCCUUCCCCCGACCUGAACCACAGCAGGAUGGGAUUCCAGGUCCCGCUUCACCCCAGCCAGCGCAUCCACCAGAAGAAACAGGUCAGCAGGCAGCAAUAGACAAUGAACAGCCAGGUCCAGCGUUCCCCACACAGGGCUGUCACGAACUUGGCUCUGGUAAUGCGCCAGAACAGGGUGCUGCUGGGCAGGAGCAAAACCUCACUGCACUGCUCAUCAGAGAGACAGAAGCAAGAUUCCCAGAUGUGAAGAAGGAAUAUAUCGAAGACCUAAUCAGCAUCAAGAACUGCAAUGACUUAAAUGUACUUUGUAACUUUCUUCUGGAAAAUCCAGAUUACCCAAAGAAGGAAGGCAGAGUGGUUUUAAACCCCAGCAGUAGCCUGCUUGCCAGCCAAGAUGAGACAAAGGUGCCUAAAGUGGACUACUUUGACUUCUCCAAACUCGCCCCACUUGACCAGCGGUGCUUUAUUCAGGCGGCUGACCUCCUGAUGGCAGACUUCAAAAUGCUGAGCAGCCAAGACAUUAAGUGGGCACUACAUGAACUCAAGGGACACUAUGCAAUCACACGAAAGGCAUUUUCAGAUGCUAUCAAAAAAUGGCAGGAGCUGUCUCACGAAACCAGUGGGAAACGAAAGAGGAGGAAAGAAAUGAAUCAGUAUUCAUAUAUAGACUUCAAAUUUGAGCAAGGGGAUGUGAAAAUUGAGAGGCGCAUGUUCUUCCUGGAGAACAAGAGACGGCACUGGAGGUCCUAUGACAAGCGCUCUCUGCUCCCAACGGUGCUACUAGAGCAGGAAUUCUAUGAGCAGAAAGUUAAAGAGAUGGCAGAGCAUGCAGACUUCCUCCUUGCUCUGCAGAUGAAUGAGGAGCAGUAUCAGAAGGAUGGUCAGAUGAUAGAGUGCCGCUGUUGUUAUGGGGAGUUUGCGUUUGAAGAGCUAACUCAAUGUGCAGAUGGUCACUUGUUCUGCAAGGAGUGCCUAAUUAAAUACGCUCAGGAGGCUGUCUUUGGCUCUGGGAAGUCAGAGCUCAGCUGCAUGGAAGGCAGUUGCACAUGUUCAUUCCCCACCAGCGAGCUGGAGAAAGUGCUUCCAGAGAACAUCCUCUGUAAAUACUAUGAGAGGAAGGCUGAGGAGGAGGUGGCUGCUGCCUGCGCAGAUGAGCUUGUCAGGUGUCCAUUCUGUAACUUCCCAGCUCUACUGGACAGCGAUGUGAAGCGGUUCAGCUGCCCUAAUCCCCGCUGCAGAAAGGAAACUUGUCGGCAGUGCCAAGGCCUGUGGAAGGAGCACAUGAACCUCACGUGUGAGCAGCUGGCUGAGAAGGAUGACAUCAAAUACCGGACGUCCAUAGAAGAGAAAAUGACAGCCGCCCGAAUUAGAAAAUGCCACAAGUGUGGGACUGGCCUAAUUAAAUCGGAGGGUUGCAACCGCAUGUCCUGCCGUUGCGGUGCUCAGAUGUGCUACCUCUGCCGGGCUGCCAUUAACGGGUACGACCACUUCUGCCAACACCCUCGGUCGCCCGGGGCGCCCUGCCAGGACUGCGCAAAGUGCUCUCUCUGGACAGAUCCCACAGAAGAUGAUGAGAAGAUAAUUCAGGAGAUUCAGAAAGAGGCUGAAGAGGAGCAAAGGAAGAAAAAUGGAGAAAACAGCUUCAAGAGGAUUGGCCCUCCUAUAGAAAAGCCCGUGGAGAAAAUUCAGAGAAUUGAAGUCAUCCCCAGACCUGUUCCUCAGAACCUUCAUCAACCCCAGAUACCCCCUUACCCCUUUGUGCACCCUCCCUUCCCACUCCCUCCUGUCCGUCCCCUGUACAAUAACAUCCCCCUCAACAUUGGCCCCAUCCCUGCCCCCUAUGUCCCCCCGUUGCCCAACAUGAGGGGGAAUUAUGAUUUUCCCCAGAUCAACGUUCAGCUGGAGCACAAUUUGCCUAUGCACUUUGGCCCUCAGCCUCGACACCGGUUCUGACCCAGUUCAAACAAUACUUGGUGUAGAGUCACUGCAGGACAAAGCCACCCCAGUAACAUCACCUCCUUCCUUCUCCAACCCCUCUGGGUUUAGCCAGCUGCAAGGGGAUCCACUCUGACUCGUGCCUACCUGCACUACACCCCUCUCUAGAGCUUCUCCGAACAUUUGCUAUCAGACAUUUCAGCCUUGGUGUUCUUUCCAAGGGUCUCUCCCUGUGUUGGCCUUCCAUAUAUUUUGAUUUGGCAAAGACUGUUCAGGCAAGUGUUAGGAGGGAUAGUGAGACUUCACGGAGUGCAGGGAUGCAACCAUUCCUCGGGGAGUUUCCAAAAAUCCUGCCUUCCUGCUUGCCAGAGCAGCUGCUGCACAGUUAAAUGAGUCUUGGGGGAGGGAGGAGAGACUUGGCAUCUGAGUAAGACCUUCAGGAACAAGAUUAUAGGAGUCAGCUGUUCUAACCGCCUGCUUGUAGAGAGGCACGAGGCUGGGGAUCCCAUGUUCCCCAGUAUCCUUGUAACCUGCUAUCACCUCCCAGCAGAAAAAAAAUCAUACAGAAUAAAGUCCAUCUAAUGGUUUUAGCUUUUCUCACUCUGCAAGCGGCGUGAGGGGAUGCAGCAACCAUCUCAUUGAGGUGUUGGUAGGAAGCUCAGAGCCACAUUCUGUCUCGGGGCUUUAGCAAGUAGCACCCUGAUCUUUAACUGAACAUACUCCUUUUGAAGGGCUCAGGUUCUUUUCCCCUAGAGGUGCGUCCCUCUCAGUUUCCAGAACGUGGCCUUCACUUUGCAGUUCUCAUCCGCCAUCCUGAAACUCCUCCUGCUUCUGGCAGCAGCUCUCAAACAGCUGGUAGGAGCACACAGAGCCGAAGCUACACCCUUUGUUGCAGAAACUCCCUGGGCAGAUACCUGCUUAGAUGCGUAGGCAGUGGUGUGCAAUAUGUGCUGUAGCAGAAGAAUUAGCAGCUACCGGUGCAGUUGUGCAUGUGGUGAGCCAAGAGCCUCUUUAGCCACCCCCCUGCCACCAAACGGGCGGCUGCAGCCUCCUGCUGCAGGAAGCGGGCUGCUUCCGCGGCGCUUAACUUCUGAAAACGUGUGUUUUGGCUGAAUUGGCUCAGGAAAAGUGUGUGAAAAGGUAAACACAAAUAUUGCUGGGCUUAGGAAGUGAGGAUUUGGGAAAAGCAAAACUUCCUUGUGAGAAGCUGGGGGUGCAGUUGCUGGGCUGCAGGAGGAGCCUUGGCACAAAGCCCUUUCCCCACAGCUCUUGGCUGCGCCAUCUGGUACAGAUCCCCUUUAGAAAAUGGUUGGAGAAGGAGCAGCCUCCUCCCAGAAAGGCUGAUUAGGUUUUAACAGCCCACUUGUGCUGUUGUUCCCCAAGUGGUUUGGUCUGGGCCGCAUCCUGCUUUGUCCUGCUGGGAACCCACUGGGUGCCCUUCCUUUCCAUUCUUCCCCCCAUGUUUGAGCAUUCAGGUGUCUCUUGGUUUGAUUUGCUUUUCAGGUAAAACUCCCUGCCUCCACCUCACGGCUUCGGGUUUGUGGCUCUCCGUAGCCACUCUCGGCACGGCGUCUCCUCGGGCAUGCGGUGAGCAGUGGGCACAGGGCAGUCGGUGGGAUGCUCCUGGAGCGAGGCAGCUUCCAUCAGGAUCUGGGACAGCACCAUUGUCCCCAGGAGGGUCUCCCAGAGGAGACUUCCAUGCCUCAUGGAGCUCAGUCAGCAAUUUAUCCACUCUUGCGCAUUGCCUAUGGGCUGACCAUACCCUGCAGAGUGCUCUGCUCCAGCUCCUUGGUGCUGUGGUCUCUCCAGCAUCAGUAACCACACGGUUUUCCCUCACCGCUUGCGUUUCCUUCAUUUUAAUUUAUUUCUAGAAGUAGUCUGGGGCCGCAGGAACUUUUAUUGCUUUGCUGUUCGACUGGGUUUAGCCAGGUUUAAAUCCUACAUUGCACCGAGUGAUUCCCGCGGUAGCCAAGCUGUCCCCUCAGAUCUGAGGAGCGAGGGCUGUGUUCACAGCGUAGUGAGUGGUGAGAAAGCGGACCCAGGGCAGGAGAGGCAUGAGGGGCGUGCCCUGAGGUUUUAAUAGCCAAGAUCUUGUGGCUCCAGGGCUUCUGGAGCGGGUGCCUUCCCCCGGCAGGGUGGGUAGGGCUGUCCCCCAGCUCCCGCUUGGGCAGCCGGGGCACAGCUCAGCUGCCAAACCAGUGGCCCAGAUGACAGCACAAACAUGGCACAACUGCUGUCAGUGUCCCGUGGAGCCUCAUAACUGGGAGCACUGGCAAAAAGAUGGUCCGGUCCCAUCUUUUGGUGGGCGUCUGGAGAUGUACGGGCAUCUAGAAUAGCUUUGGCAGAGAGAUGUGCAAGGAUGGAGUGAGAGAUGGAGAAGUGUCGGGCAGAGGUGGCAAGGGGAGGUUGGUGUCUGCGGUUCAUCCUCGUGGUUAGGAUGUGAGCGUCCUGAGUGGCGCAACAGUUGUGGAGGAGGCUGAAAGAUGUAGAAGGGGAGAGACCACUGUCUCCAUGUCGCCUGCAAAACCACGGGGUUUUUUGUGUCUGAGAAAAUGAUGCUUGCUCCGUGAUGCCCAGCGCCCUGAGCGAUGGGCUCAGCUCUGCACGUGGCCCUGGGGCGACGUGGGGCUCCCAGUGCUGCUUCUCUCCCUGAGGAAACAGGCAUUUCACCACGGAAUACGCUACAGCCACAGCACGUGCUGCUCCUCCCUUCUAACCCCAGAGACCUCGAGAAGCUGUGGUUUCCGAUGGAGCCAUUUGUGGUCUGCCCCGAUUCCUGCAUCCCCUUUUCCCUCCUGCGCUGCUGCCCUUGAAACCCUUUGCCCUUUCGAAGGCGGCAGGGAGGUCGCUGUGCCCGGGCUGAUCCGUAACAGGUACUCGGUAUGGUUGAUUGCAGCGUCCCGUUCUACUUGCCUUAAAGGUGGAGAGAGAAACUUAGUAUUUGCACUUAGCAAAACGUUGUAUUAAAAGAAAGAAACCCUGUAAAGAUGUGCAUGUUCUGCGACUUUGUAUAACGAUAGCUGAAAAGAAAUAGGUGGUUUAUUAAAAAAAAAAAAAAAACCAACAAACUAAAACAAAAAUAUUUUUCUUUACUUUCUGGUAGUAACCUGUUCUAAUAUUCUGUGUGUAAAAAGUUCCUGUUCAUAUUGUAAUUUGAAUUUUUGUAAAUAAAUUUGUGCAC